UGCAGCAAGGGAAGCAGGAUUUGUUUAGAUAUGGAGAGGAGACGAGCUUGAGAAACAUUUUGAGAACUCGAGGCUUCUGGCAAGGCAAAAUAUAUAAUAGCAGCUCUUCCUCCUGCCAUGCUAACUAAGAUCAACUUCACACCUAAACUACCAGCUCUGAGAAAUCAGCUUGACCAACGCUACCCAAUGGGGGCUGUGAUCAAGACUACCAUAUAUUAUGAACGCCCAUUUUGGAAAGACUCCGGUUUCUCCGGCUCAGUUUUGGCCGAUGGCAUAAUAUCAGAAAUACGAUACGAUGGCAAGGCAACAAUUGAAAAUUGGCAUGCUCUAGUUGGAUUCAUGUCCGGCGAUGGCGCGAAGGACCACUGUCAUCUUACGAAAGAACAGAGGAGAGAUCUCAUAGCUCAGAGGUAUGCAGUAAUUUUCAAAACCGAUGAAGCUCUAAAGCCUGUUUACUAUGUUGAGAAGAACUGGAUGGAAGAACCUUUUAUAGGAGGGGGUUAUGUCGGCUACACACCACCUGGAGUUAUCACCAAAUACUGCAGAGUUAUUCGAGAGCCAAUUGGUCGUAUUUUCUUUGCUGGCACCGAGACAGCUACUAAGUGGUCUGGAUACAUGGACGGGGCUGUCCAGGCAGGAGAGAGGGCUGCAAGAGAGAUACUGUAUGCAAUGGGUAAGAUCAAUAAGGAUGAAAUAUGGCAGGAGGAACCAGAGGCUCAGGACAUGCCGGCUCGUCCAUUUGAGGAACCUUUGGUAAAGAAGCAUCUUCCUUCAUUGAGUGGGUUUCUGAAAUACGUUGGGGGAUCUUUUCUCAUCACUGCCAUAGGAGGGGCUUUAUGGAUAAAGAGGGAUGCAUUUAUACAAACAUCCGUUAAUUUAGGGGCACAGCAAUUUUUGAAACUGUUACAAUAGCCCCCCCCCCCCCCAUUCUCCGUCUUCAACCUUUAAAGCACUACUCCGCUUUAUGAAUAAUGUGUAUUAUAUCUUCAGGAAUAGAGUUGUCAGAUUUCCACUUUUUAUACGUUCAAUUUGAAAUUACCCAAUGUGUUUGAAACAGAUUUAGAUAAAUACGAAAACAGAUUAUUAGACAUUUUCCAUUUUUCAGUGCGUCUACUGUGCUGAGCAUAAAAGUAAACUAAGUGCAUUUUUGGACAAUAUUUUCAAAAACAUGGUGUUCAGUGAUGGGUGGUCCUAUUAAUGACAAUAAAAAUGAUUUUAUUUCUUUGACGGCCCCUCCUGGGGGCAUAGAAGAAAUAUAACAAGUUAUAACAAUGACAAUAAUAGGCAUAAGAAACAUGUAAAGGUAACAAAAAAGAAAAAAGAAAAAACAUGAUUAUCAAGGUACGUUUUGAAUGCAAAUGAGAUGUAUUUUAAGGAGCUAUGAUUUUUUGUCGCCAAUUAUUUUUAUAUUCUAUCAGGAAAAUUGUUGACGUUGCAAAGUGUGCACAAAUUCAAUAUAAUGCAAGUUUAGUGUGUUUGAUGGAAAAAAUCAAAUCAUGUUUGAUUGAAAAUACUUAAGAGAUAGAUAAGACGUGCACUAUGAUAAUAUUGUAAUUUUGUAGACAGUUUGACAAACUUUUUUCUCAAAACAAUGCACGCACGGUGAAUACAUCAUUCGAAAAAAUAUAUAUUUGGGAACUUGCCGAUCUUUCAAUGAUAUGUAAAAGCAAACUUAAGGUACAAGUAAUUUUUAAAAUGAUGAUUAUAGUUAUUGUAUAGAGUGGGUCUAGGUAGAAUUAGAUAACAAAUCGCUUAACUUCGAAUUAUAAAACAAUAUGCUACCCAUGUUAGGUUUAUAUCAUUUCUUAAAAAAACAUGUAGGGAAAACCACAAAUUGCUGAUAUUUAAUUAUCGGCUAAUAGCUUAGUUAUUUCUACUACUCGCCAUCUGGGAGGGAGGGGGUGGGAGACUCGGCUAAUAGAUUAGUUAUCUCUAAUACUCGCCAU